AUGUCUAAAAAUUACCAGUAUGUCCUUGCCUUUGCUUUUGCCAUUGAUGAGGUCAACAAGAAUGCCAAGUUGUUACCCAACGUUACACUGGGUUCCAUGAUUUAUGACAAUGCAUUUAGUGCAGGAAGAGCCUAUUGGGCCACUUUGGACUUACUCUUCACAGCCCAGGGGAAUCCCCUCAACUACAUCUGUGGCAGGGAGAAGAGGCCAUUGGCUGUCAUCGGUGGACUUACCUCUCAGAAUUCCAUCCAGAUGGCCAACAUCUUAAGUAUCUACAAGAUUCCACAGGUCCACCAUGCAUGGGGCAUCUGUACUGGGAAGGAGAAGCUAGAGACACUUCCUGGAUCUGUGUUUGAAAUGGGGGUGUUGGGCCAGAGCUACAGUAUCUACAAUGCAGUUCAUGCUGUAGCACAUGCUCUCCAUGCCAUGGAUUCAUCAAGAGCCAAAAAUAAAGUAUUGCAGAUUGGAGACAGAUGGAAACUUUUGGCAGCUCAACCCUGGCAGAUGGUCCCCCAAGCCACGUGUGUCAAGAGCUGCCAUGCUGGUUACAACAAGAUUGUCAUGCAGGGGAAGCAAAUGUGUUGCUAUGAAUGUGCUCAGUGCUCUGAAGGGAGAAUUUCAAACCAUACAGAUGCAGAUCAGUGUGAGAAGUGCUCAGAAGAUCAGUAUCCAAAUGAGCAACACCAUCAAUGUCUCACCAAACAUAUUGUCUACUUAUCUUAUGGAGACCCCUUGGGAGCAAUUUUGAUUAGCUGUGCUUUUUCAUUUUCCACAAUCACCAUUGUGGUGUUGUGGAUCUUCAUUCGCUACCAACAUACUCCCCUCGUCAAAGCCAAUAACUGGAGUAUUACGUGUGUCUUGAUCUCUUCCCUGUUGCUUGGCUUUCUGUGUUCCUUCCUGUUCAUUGGCUGGCCUGGAAAGGUGUCGUGCCUUCUGCGGCAAACUAUGUUUGGCAUCAUCUUUUCCAUUACCGUUUCAUGUGUUUUGGCCAAAACCAUUACUGUGGUUCUGGCCUUCAUGGCCACUAAGCCAGGGAACAGGAUGAGGAAGUGGGUCGGGAAUACCCUGGGAAUAUCUGUGGUGGUCCUCUGUUCUCUUAUUCAAACUGGCAUCUGUGCUGUGUGGCUGGCAACCUCUCCCCCUUUCCCAGAAUUUGACAAGCACUCUCAGAUCAGUCAAAUCAUUGUUCAAUGCAAUGAAGGCUCAGACACCAUGUUCUACAUUGUCCUGAGCUACAUGGGGUUUUUGGCCUUCAUCAGCUUCACUGUGGCUUUCUUGGCCAGGAAGUUGCCUGAUAGUUUCAAUGAAGCCAAACUGAUCACCUUCAGCAUGUUGGUCUUCUGCAGUGUGUGGGUAUCCUUUGUCCCAACCUACCUGAGCACCAAGGGGAAAUACACGGUGGCUGUGGAGGUCUUCUCCAUCUUGGCUUCUAGUCUUGGUGUAUUGGGCUGCAUCUUCCUUCCAAAAUGCUACAUUAUACUCCUGAGGCCUGAGCUGAACACCAGAGACCAAUUAGUAAGGAAAAAAUGUUGA